GCGUGGAGGCCGGGCCUCCAUUCUGCUGCAGCCCCGGGCCUCCCGGCCACCACGCCCACCAUCAUCACCCCGGGCUACAGCCCAACCCUUCGCGGUCUCUGCAUCUCCGUGGUCUUGGUGGCCUUCAGAUCGCAGCGCUCAGCCCGUCUCGGCCUCACUGACGGUAUGAGCAUCCUGUACAGCAUCCUGUGCCUCCAUUUGCUUGAGCAGAAUGGUAUUACAGCAGUGCCCACUCCUCGGGACCUUGUAGGACCUCCUGCCACCUCCUCCAGCAGCUUCGUGAGCAGCGGAUCCAAGGCCUGCUUUGUGACUGCAUGCUGGUGGUGAGGGGAGUCUGCUUCAAAGCACACAAGAACGUGCUGGCAGCCUUCAGCCAGUAUUUCAGGAGCCUCUUUCAGAAUUCUUCCAGCCAGAAGAAUGAUGUUUUUCACUUGGAUGUGAAAAAUGUCAGUGGCAUAGGGCAGAUCCUGGACUUCAUGUACACGUCGCACCUGGAUCUUAACCAGGACAAUAUACACGUGAUGCUGGACACAGCACAGUGUUUGCAAGUCCAGAAUGUUCUGAAUCUUUGCCACACUUUCCUGAAGUCAACCUCUACAGAGCAGCCGCCUAGCAUGCCCUGUGGAGGUUUGUUCUCCCUGCAGAGCACACUGAGCCCGGAUGCCACCUGUGUCAUGAAUGAGCCCUCCUCUCCGUCCUCACUGCAGGAGUGCUCAGCAGAGGCCCAGCCUGCUAAAGCUCUGGGUGCACUGCAUCCUCCUGCUCUGUCAGCCGGUCCUCAUAGGUCCGCAGGAGAAGUGUCAAAACCGGCCCCGGAAACUGGAGGGGACAGCUGCCCAGAGCUGCCUUACAGACAGCCUACCUACUGUUACAAGCUCAGAGCCUUGUACAGCAAGCAGUACUACAAACAAGCUGCUUGUUCCAGUCACGAGCGUGCCGCAGGCCAGCCGCUCCCUUUCAGUGCCUCCGCAGACCUGGCCACGGCGGACUCGCAGCCUUCUGGCAACAGCCAUCCCGAAUGCAUCCUGGAGUCUUCGCAGCACCUGCCUUCCGCCUUCCUGGCCCCACCUCCCAGGGACUCGGGCAUUGACCCUGAGGCAGAAGCCUGCCAGCUCCCUACCAAGCAGAUGAGGCUGAAGAAGGCCAUUCACCUGAAGAAACUAAACCUCCUCAAGUCACAGCAGUCAGCUGAGCACACAUCCCUUCCCACCGCAGAUGACGGGUCAGUAAGGAAGGAGGAGUCGGCUGAGGAAGGGUCAGGACAUCAACCUGGAAGCCGAGGCCCUGAGCAAAAGGGAACGGAGGGCCUGGGCCCGGAGACCUUUGGCUGCACCAGCAGCGAAGUGGAGCCUCUCGAAGCCCCGGCCGUCCUGGAAGACCAGUCCCAGGCCCUACAGUCCCAGAGACAGUAUGCGUGUGAAUUGUGUGGGAAACCUUUUAAACACCCAAGCAAUUUGGAGCUGCACAAACGGUCUCAUACAGGUGAGAAACCUUUUGAAUGUAACAUUUGUGGGAAACAUUUCUCUCAGGCAGGUAACCUGCAGACUCACUUACGCCGGCACUCUGGGGAAAAGCCAUACAUCUGUGAAGUCUGUGGAAAGAGGUUUGCGGCCUCUGGUGAUGUCCAGCGUCACAUCAUCAUUCACUCUGGAGAGAAGCCACACCUGUGCGACACGUGCGGCCGAGGCUUCAGCAACUUCAGUAACCUGAAAGAACACAAAAAGACACACACAGCUGACAAGGUGUUCACAUGUGACCAGUGUGGGAAGUCCUUCAACAUGCAGAGGAAGCUGGUGAAGCACCGUGUCCGACACACAGGCGAGCGGCCCUACAGCUGCUCCGCCUGCGAUGGAGACCGACAGCCUGUGGCCACAGUGUUGGAUCAAGAUUCACACACCCCCAGGCUCUCCCCUGAGGAGGACACGUGCCUAUGUACCAGUGUGUGUCCAGGACAAGUGCUUGGCGACGCUGAUGGAGUUGUAGGGAAAUGCUUCGGGGGCUCAGGUGACCUGCGCAGGCACGUCCGCACGCACACUGGGGAGAAGCCAUACACCUGCGAGAUCUGCAGCAAGUGCUUCACCCGCUCCGCGGUUCUCCGGAGACACAAGAAGAUGCACUGCAAAGCUGACGCCAGGAGCCCAGCCCUGCUGGAUGAGCUGAGCCAGGCCAUCGAGACCUCUGACCUGGACAGGUCUCAGAGCUCUGACUCCUUCUCCCAGGACAUGUCUGUCACAUUGAUGCCAGUGUCAGUCAAGCUUCCUGUCCACCCAGUGGAGAGCUCUGUGGCAGAAUUUGAUAGUCACUCUGCUGGCUCCUACUGUAAGCUACGCUCUGUGCUUCACACUCCUAGCAUGAAUGACCAGGAGAAACUGAGUCUAGAUCCCACCAAGCUGGCCAAGCCCCAGGAGCUACAGAGCCAGCCUCAGGCCUACACUUACUCAGAUGUGGACUCCUCGGUGGGCGGAGAGCACCUGCAGGCUGAUGGCACGGCCAUGGUCCGCUCCUCCCUGGCCGCUCUGGACAACCAGUGCGCUGACCCUCUGGGUGGCCGGGCACCUUCGGUGACAUACAGGAACUCCGAGGGACAGUUUUUCUCCAGUAUGACUCUCUGGGGUUUGGCGAUGAAGACGCUGCAGAAUGAAAAUGAGCUGGAGCAGUGACAUGCCACCUUGGUGUCCCCAGCACUGUCCGUUGGGUCUUGAGCCACAGGAGAGAAGUGUCCUGCUCGGGAUGCUCCCCUCUAGCUUUGGAGAGCGGCUGGAUGACUUUCCUCCUGAUGAUCACUCAUAACUGAAGGACCAUAAGCUUGAACUUGGGAGGAACCCGCCCCACCCCAGGAGGCAGAUGAGGAUGGCGAUGGCGGAGCUUGCUUCCUGGCAGCCUCGGUGUGAGAGACAGCUGGUGGACAUAAGACAGACAGAUACCUUGUGUCAACUACUGUGCAGUUUGGUCCUGGUAGAUGACAGAUGUAUGUAUAAUAAUACAGGUACUAUUUUUGCAUUUUAAAAGAUUGAAAUUUUUAGCAUCUUAUAUUUUUAAAUAUUUCCACAGAUUCUAUUUGUGUAUGAAACUUGUAAUUUAAUGUGAAUAAACGGGCUCGCC